CCUUGCACCAGAUACUAUUAGUAGUGCAAAUGCACUGAAACAGAUAUUCACUUUUUCCUGGAAAUUAGCUGGUGGACAAGGAAAUCCUGCUCUAGCCAAUGAAGCUACAGCAAUCGCCAUCAGUGUCUAACACAAAACAUUGAUUGCUUUAAGCAAUGGGAUGUUCUCUACAUGGAGAAUCUUGAAGCUAGCGUUUCUCUUCUUAAAAAGCUUGUGGACGAAUGGAAAGUUCAUCCCCUCAAACUAUCAUCAUCACCGAGUGAUACUCUCACUAUCAAGCAUGCUAUGAAUAGCUUCAAGAUGAAGAUGACAUCCUCAGCUUUCGAUAACCAAGCAACUGAUGUUGAAAUGGAAGGUGAACACCAAGAGUACCAAGAGACAUUUGCGGCUGCAAAUGCAACAUCUGGAGCAUCAUCUCAGGCGCAGAAGGUGAAGAAGAUGGUUGUGCCUAGGUCUACUGUGUGGGAACAUUUCACCCGAAACAAAGAGAAUCGAAACAAGUGUGUCUGUCACCAUUGCCAGAAGAUCUUUUCAUGUGCAUCCAAGUCAGGAACUUCUAACCUGAAGCAGCAUCUGCAAAUUUGCAAAGAGCACAUAGCGUGGUUAACUUCUCAGAAAAAGAAUCAGCAGCAGAUUGGUAAUGGAGGCAAACUGAAGGCAUCGAAACUGACUGAAGCGAUUUUCAAAGAAGCUUGCAACGAGCUGGUGGUGUUAGCAGAAUUGCCACUUUCAUUCAGUGAAAGUACUUCUUUUAAGCACUUCUGCGACAAGGUUUUGCCUUUCAAGCCCCACUCAAGAAGGACAUUGACAAGGAACAUUGUGGAGAUGUUUGUGAAAAAGAAAGCAGCGCUGAAGAACUUACUCAUCACGAGUAAACAAAGAGUUUCACUGACAACUAAUAUUUGGGUAUUUCAAGUGACAGGUGCAAGUUAUAUGGUUAUCACUGCACAUUUCAUUGACGAGCAGUGGCAGCUGAAGAAGUUAAUCAUUGGCUUCAAGUGUGUCAUGGAUCACAAAGGUUAUACAAUCUCUAAUGUUAUUUUAGAGUGUUUAGCUGACUGGGGUCUUGAGAGGGUGUUUUGCAUCACAGUAGACAAUGCAACCGCAAAUACUUCUGCUAUUAAGAGGUUUCAUGAGAGCUUUAUUUCCAUUUCCUCUGAUGCUUUUGUAUUAGACGGGAAUUUUUUACACAUGAGGUGUGCGGCUCAUAUUAUAAACUUGAUAGAUAAGGAGGGUUUAGGUGAUUUAAGUGAGAAUGUGUUAGCUAUCAGGAAUGCUGUUCAGUAUGUUAGGUCCUCAACCACUAGGUUAAAUGCCUUUGAUCAGAGAGUCACAAAUGGUAAGAUGACUCGUGCUAGCUUGCCCCUGGAUGUAAAGACUAGGUGGAAUUCAAAUUUCCUUACGCUAUCUAGAGCAUUACAGUUUAAGGUAGCAUUUGAUAGAAUGGAAGCAGAAAAUAGGCUGUACAAUGACUAUUUUAUAGAGGUAGAUAAUGGGGCAAAGAGGUGUGGACCACCUGAUUCUUGGGACUGGAAAGCUGUUGAGAAGCUUAUCAGGUUUAUGGUCAUAUUUUACAAUAGCACCUUGGUUGUCUCUGCCUCAUCUAAGGUCAAUGCUUUCAAAUGCUAUGGUGAGAUAGUGACAAUUGAGAGAAAUCUCACUGGUUUAGCUAGUAGCGUUGACUCUGAGUUGAAGUUGAAGGCAUCGGAAAUGUUGCAGAAGUUUUUAAAGUAUUGGGAUGGCAUCAAGGGUGUCAACAAAAUGUUGAUCUUAGCAACCAUCUUCGACCCUACACAGAAGAUGCAUUUCGCGAAGCUCUGUUUCGAGAAGCUGUAUGGGAAAGAUAGCUUCGAGGCUAAGGAAAUGGCAAAGACGGUGACUGAUCUUCUCACAUCCAUGUUUAAGGAGUACAUCAUGCGUUUGAAAGUAGCUUCUGUACAAGCAUCACAGCCAACAGAAGCUUCUGGCGUCUCUGCUCAAGACUCUCAAGAAGAAGGAGUAGAAAGAAUGGAACUGGUGGUUGAGGAUUUCGGUUAUGAAAGGAUGGAUGCUGUGUACAACGAACUUGUUGCAGAAAAAGGUGAAGACACUAGGGAUGAGCUUGAAGUUUACUUGAAAGAGGCGGUUGAGAACCCAAAGCUCUUACCGGGAAUGGAGUUUGACAUUCUGUCGUGGUGGAAGGUGCAUAAAAUGAAGUAUUCGGUCCUUGCAGAGAUGGCGAGAGAUCUGUUGGCUAUGCAGGUUUCAUCAGUGGCAUCAGAAAGUGCAUUCAGCACAAGUGGGAGGAUAUUGGAGCCUUGUCGAAAGCUGCUUGACUCACUACAUGAUAGAGGUUCUUAUGUGUACUGA